AUGUUGCAGUGUCCAUGUCAUGUCUUGUCCAUUGGGGAGUGGCACAGCAGGCUUGGCGAGGCACAUCACCACGCAACAGAAUACCCUAGGUGCUUUCUAAUAUCCUCGUCACUUUUUCGACUGGGGCAGGUCCUCCGGGGGAGGCUGGGAAGAUAUACCAUCACGAAAGAAAUCCAGGACACCGUCUGGUUCGCAAAAAACCAGCUUGAGGAAACUGUAGUCAUCAAGAGCGUCAAGGGGCAUCCUCGUGUGGAGAAUGAACGAAAUGUCCUCAAACGCUUCCAGCAUCGAACUCCUUACCUACGGCCAUUUAUCGAUGAGAUUCAAGAACUUUCUUAUCCUCCAACCGUCGUCUUGAAGUAUCUUGAUGACCACCUAUUAAAUGCGUCCGUUAAAAAGGCCUUGACUCGAAAGGAGGUCAAGUAUGUCUCGAGACGGGUGCUUGAAGCGUUGGCACUACUGCAUGAAGACGACUAUGUGCACACAGAUGUCAAACUAGACAAUAUAUUCGUGAACUAUGGAAGAGGUGAUAUACGGUUUUCAGACGUCCAGCUUGGCGAUCUCGGAGGCGCGUUCCCUUCUAAUUCUAAUUACGCUAAAGAAGGUACUCCAGUUGGAGCACCUAUGUGGUCUAGUCCAGAGGUGAUCAUGGAGACGCCUUGGAACACAGCGACCGACAUCUGGUCGUUUGGUACAGUGCUCAUAAGCCUCCUCUACGGUGGAGACUUUAACCUAUUCCGGCCCCGCACUGUCCCGUAUGGCCACGAAGAGUACGGAUUAGAGGUCCUCAAGCGGCAGUUCCAAUAUUUUGGCCCAUUCCCUGCAAAAUACGAAGACAUUACGAAGCCAGAAACCAUUACAGCUAUUCUCUACCUCAUGCACGAGAUACCACAAUCCCAGACAACGCCAUUCUAUAGGACGACGGAAAGGGAGGUCUGUAAAAAGGACAAGGAAUUUACCUGUAAAAUCAUGAAGAUGGACUGGAGGGAUAGGCCGACGGCGAAGGAUCUGUUGGUGGACGAGUGGUUUAACGAGGAUCGAGAAGAGUAGUGGAAAGACUGGAAUGAGCCGCAAUCCACUGCCAAACUAUUACACUGGCAAUAGAUGCCCUUGGAAUAGCUAGCAUUCCGACCCUAUUGUUGGUGUUUCCGUCACCCUCUACUCCCACUGUUCUGAAGAAUCCGCUUCUCCGUCGCUGUGCUGCUAGCAGUCAGGGCCGUCGCAAAGGGCCGCAUAGGAUUUGAGGAUCCUGCUCUUAUCUAU